UACAAGAGAUGGAAAAAAUAGAAACUAAUUAUAACACAAUGAAUCGAACAUUAAACAAAAAAAAGCUUUUAGACACUUUUGAUCACAUAUCAAGUGACUUUGUUGAAGUGUUGCACAAAAGAUUAAAUCAGCUAGAAACCCACAAUUCUAAAUUGGAAGCAGAUUUAAAAACUUUAGAAGACAAUUGUAAUAAAUUGAAUAAUGAAAAAGAAGAAUUGAAAUUACUUAUGAAACAAGAAGACAGGCAAGGAGAUCCGCAAAAAAAUUUAGUUGAAAUCGAAGUACAAACUCAAAAUAUUAUUGACGAUAAUACAAAUAAUCAUGAUGAAUGUAAAACAACAGUAAAUCAAUUAGAAAAUGAAUUGGCGGUGGCAAAAUCACAAUUAACAUUAACAAAUUUGGAGUUGGACAGAAAGUUUAAUGAUACUGCCGCAUACAUUAACAUGAAGAAUAUUAUUACCAAAAAAAACGAACAGGUUCGAGAACUAAGAGAUCGAUUGCUUAUUUACGAGAAAGAAGACAACCAAGACAAUGUUUAUUCCGAUAAACUCACUAUUUUGUUGGCCCAGUGGCGUGCGAUCAGAUCAAGCGGCGAUAGUCCGAAGGUCAGAGCUUAGAUGAAGUAUCUAUAUAACCAAGAAGAGUUACAACAUUGUUUAUAUCUACCAGAUGAUAUUUGUAGGUACCUAGUUAGUAGUUAUAUGAAUAUAAU